GACUUGAGGACUACUGACAGAAUGCACACAGUGACAGUCAUGCAGCGGGGAGUAUGGCCUCUAUUGCUCUGGCCCUAUCUGCUAACUGUUAGCAUCCCACUAGACUGUAAGGAAGAGCAGAGUAGCCUCUCCCGCUGCCCCUCCAUCUCUCAAGAGAAACUUCUAGACCGAGUCAUCCAGCAUGCUGAACUUAUCUACCGUGUCUCAGAAGAAUCAUGCUCUUUGUUUGAGGAGAUGUUUAUUCCGUUCGCAUUGCAGCUACAGAGGAACCAAGCUGGCUAUGCAUGUAUCACCAAAGCCUUACCCCUCCCCAGCUCCAAAAGUGAAAUCCAACAGAUAUCUGACAAAUGGUUGCUCCACUCAGUGCUAAUGCUGGUACAGUCAUGGAUUGAGCCUUUGGUCUACCUGCAGACUUCUCUGGAUCGCUACGAAGCUGCUCCUGACAUGCUGCUUAACAAGACCAAGUGGGUGUCAGAGAAACUGAUCAGUCUGGAGCAGGGGGUGGUGGUUCUCAUCAAGAAGAUGUUGGAUGAGGGAAUGCUGACCUCAAACCACAGUGAGCAAGGCCUACUCCAGUAUGAUGUGCAACCAGAGAUGCUGGAAUCUGUCAUGCGAGACUACUCCUUACUCAGCUGCUUCAAGAAAGACGCCCAUAAGAUGGAGACUUUCCUUAAGCUCCUCAAGUGUCGACAAACUGAUAAAUACAACUGCGCAUAAGACUUAAAAUGCAGUUCUUAAAUAAUACUGCUUUAAAUGAAUUCCUGAGGUUGGUAGCCAUGCACUUAUAGAUAUGGCCAUGCCUUAGGCGAUUCAGCCUUGUUUGCAAUGCAGUACAUUCUUUAUUGAUUGUUUUGGAGCACCUUCACACAAAACUAAGUAGGUGUAAUGCUGUGCCCUUUCUACAGCAUACCACAUUUUAUAUUUUCCCUGCUCUGUUGUUAUUUUAACCUGGCAAAGGCAACAGAGGGCAAACUCCCAAAAGAUUAUUUGCGUGUCGAGCUGUCAAGAAAAUCUGCAUAUCCUGCCAUUGAUUUCCAUUUCCUUUGUUCUUAACUGGAGUUUGUAUUCCUCGCUGGCUCUUGCAGUGUUUUGAUUAUUCCCACGGCCCCCAGAGUAUUCAGUGAGACGGUUUCACUUCUGCAUUAGUGAAAUGAAACACUUUCACCGGAGACGGGAGUCAAACAGAGAGCAAUCACUACUUUAAAAAAGACACACAUUUUGAUUGGUGCAAGAGUGUGAGAGACAGAGAGAGAAUGAAUAACAGCUAAAAUGAGAGGCAAGUCUUAUCUCGAGUUUUUGGUUAGAUGCAGGUUUAGAAUUACUGAGUGCUCAUGAAAGAACCAGAAAUAUUUCUGUGCCUAAACAUGUCCAAUUUCAUCUGAAUGUAAUAAUAGAAGCUGGUUAUUCACUUUAAAUGAUACGAUUUUUGGAUGUAAUACAUAUGUAAUGCAGAAUGCAAAUUAUUACAUAUUAAUAUUUUUAAACAUCUUAUGUGUAAAUAGAACAAACCCAAUGUAAUGUAAAACCUUUCUAGUGAACUACUUACUGUAUGCGCUAAUAAAGCAAAUUAUUUAAAGA